AUGGGGGCCCAUGCCGCACUCUGCCUGUUCCUCGUCUCGGCUCUGCUAGCCCAGAUCUCUUGCUCCGGGCUCUUUGAGUUGAAGCUGCAAGAAUUCAUCAAUAAGAAAGGUCCUAUGGGGAAUAUGAACUGCUGUCGUGGUGGGAUGUCCGGCUCUCAGGGCUUGCAGCAAUGCGAGUGCAAGACUUUCUUUCGGAUCUGCCUGAAGCACUACCAGAGCAGCGUGUCCCCGGAGCCCCCAUGUACCUAUGGCAGUGCCGUCACCCCAGUGCUGGGCUCCAACUCCUUCAGCGUCCCAGAGACCAUCAGCUCAGACCCAAGCUUCACUAACCCCAUCCGAUUCGCCUUUGGAUUCACCUGGCCUGGUACUUUUUCCCUCAUCAUUGAAGCACUGCACACCGAUUCACCAGAUGAUCUAAGUACAGAAAAUCCAGAGCGCCUUAUCAGCCGCCUUGCCACCCAGAGACACCUAACAGUUGGCGAAGAAUGGUCUCAGGAUCUGCACAGCAGCGGCAGAACAGAACUCAAGUACUCCUAUCGCUUUGUGUGUGAUGAACACUACUACGGAGAAGGAUGCACUGAUUACUGCCGCCCCAGGGAUGACGCUUUUGGACACUUCUCCUGUGGCGAAAAGGGAGAGAAAGUCUGCAACCCCGGCUGGAAGGGGCAGUACUGCACUGAACCGAUCUGUCUUCCUGGAUGUGACGAACAACAUGGCGUUUGUGAAAAACCCGGAGAGUGCAAAUGCCGCGUAGGUUGGCAAGGCCGCUACUGCGAUGAAUGCAUCCGUUACCCUGGUUGCCUGCAUGGUACAUGCCAACAGCCUUGGCAAUGCAACUGCCAAGAAGGAUGGGGUGGACUGUUUUGUAACCAAGACCUUAACUACUGCACUCACCACAAGCCUUGCAAGAACGGAGCCACCUGCACCAAUACUGGUCAGGGAAGUUACACUUGCUCUUGCCGUCCGGGCUAUACUGGAUCCAAUUGCGAGACUGAGAUCAACGAAUGUGACGCAAACCCAUGCAAGAAUGGAGGAAGCUGUACGGACAUGGAAAAUAGCUAUUCCUGCUCAUGCCCACCUGGAUUCUAUGGCAAAAACUGUGAGCUCAGUGCCAUGACUUGUGCUGAUGGACCAUGCUUCAAUGGAGGCAGAUGCACGGAUAAUCCAGAUGGUGGAUACAGCUGCCUCUGCCCAGUUGCCUACUCUGGCUUCAACUGUGAAAAGAAAAUUGAUUACUGCAGCCCCAAUCCCUGUGCCAACGGAGCUCGCUGUGAGGACCUUGGAAAUUCCUACAUUUGCCAGUGCCAAGAAGGCUUCUCAGGGAGGCACUGUGAUGACAACCUGGAUGACUGCGCUUCCUUGCCCUGCCAAAAUGGUGGCACAUGCCAGGAUAUGAUUAAUGAGUAUUCAUGCACCUGCCCUCCAGGGUACACUGGGAAAAACUGCAGCAUGCCUGUGAGCAAAUGUGAACACAACCCAUGCCACAAUGGGGCAACAUGCCAUGAGAGGAACAAUCGUUAUGUGUGCGAAUGUGCUCGCGGUUAUGGUGGACUUAAUUGCCAGUUUUUGCUCCCUGAGAAACCCAAUGGUGAGUCUGCCGAUAAGUUUAUGGAAAAGCCCAACGGACAGUUUCCAUGGAUUGCAGUGUGUGCUGGAAUUAUCUUGGUGUUACUAUUACUGCUAGGCUGUGCAGCGGUAGUCGUUUACGUGCGGCUUAGAGUACAGAAGAAACGGCAAAUGCCUGCUGCCACUCGUGGUGAAACCAAGACUAUGAAUAAUCUGGCCAAUUGCCAUCGGGAAAAGGACAUUUCUGUGAGCAUCAUAGGCACCACUCAGAUUAAAAACACAAACAAAAAAGUAGACUUUCUAAGUGAAAGCAACAAUGAUAAAAAUGGCUACAAGCCAAGAUACCCAACUGUGGAUUACAAUUUAGUCCAUGAACUGAAAAAUGAGGAUGCAGCUAAAGAAGAACGGAGGAAAUGUGAAGCCAAGUGCAGCUCGAGUGACUCAGAUUCAGAAGAAACGCACUCAUCACAUUUAAAAAGUGAUCCUUCAGAAAAAAAGGAGGCCAGACUCUAAUUACUCCUCUUCGAAAGACACAAAAUAUCAGUCCGUAUAUGUCAUAUCAGAUGAAAAAGAUGAAUGCAUCAUAGCAACUGAGGU